CAGACAAAUUUGACUUCUCGAGUCUGAACGUGGGGCUUUGCCAUCUCGGCGAUCUCAAAUUUAUCGUCACCCUUCUCCCCCCGGCCGUUAGGAGGGGAGUGAGCUUCCUCUCUCACGUGACAUGAGGUUCCGGAACUCAGUACCUUCUACCGCAGGCACGCCUGUUGUCUUUAAACGCUGUAUGUUAUAGUAGAAUAAAACUUCGCUGCCCAAUGAAUACGGACCACAGCCACAUCGUGACACGUCACGCCAUCUUGCUGCUCUUCGUACUGACUUACUUCGCAGAAUGCCGUUCAACUCGCGGUGCCGACGACGAAUCGCUAAUCGUGCAUACGUCCAAAGGCCCAGUCAGAGGUGUUACUAUGCUGAGCGGCCAUGGCAAGGAAGUGGAUGCCUUUUUAGGAAUACCCUAUGCGAAACCUCCUGUAGGGAAAUACAGGUUUCGGCAUCCAAAGCCCAUUGAUCCAUGGAAAGACGUCCUGAAUGCCACAGAAGCUCCAAAUUCUUGCGUGCAGAUCAAUGAUACCCAAUUCGGUGAAUUCAAAGGUUCGACCAUGUGGAACGCCAACAGCCCUCUUAGCGAAGAUUGCCUUACAGUCAGCGUCUGGGUUCCAAACCCCCGACCAGAAAGUGCUGCUGUAUUGGUUUGGUUCUAUGGUGGUGGCUUUUACAGUGGUACAACAACACUAGAUGUCUACGAUCCAAAAAUUCUUUGCUCCGAGGAAGAGAUCAUCAUCGUCUCAAUCAACUACAGAGUGGCCUCUCUAGGGUUCCUUUACUUCGAUCGACCAGACGUUCCAGGGAAUGCUGGUAUGUUUGAUCAACUCAUGGGACUGGAAUGGAUUCGAGACAACAUCGGCUAUUUUGGUGGUAACCCUCAUAACGUAACACUCUUUGGAGAAAGCGCCGGAGCUGUCAGCGUCGGUCUGCAUCUGCUGUCCCCACUAAGUAGAAAUUUAUUUAGUCAAGCAAUUAUGCAAAGUGGGUCAGCCACGUCACCUUGGGGCAUCAUGGACAGGAAAGAAAAUAUGCGAAGGGGCUUGCUGCUAGCAGAGGCUCUCAAGUGCCCUCAUGAUUCAGACAACAUGGACGCUGUUGUUGAUUGCCUGUUGAGAAAAGAUCCCUUCGAAAUGGUUAGUAAUGAAUGGGGUAAUUACGGAGUGGUUGAAUUUCCCUUCGCCCCUGUAGUGGAUGGUGCUUUUCUGGACGAGACUCCUGCACAAUCACUAGCCACCAAAAAUUUCAAGAAGACCAAUAUCAUGACUGGGAGUAAUUCUGAGGAAGGUACUUACUUCAUUGUGUAUUAUCUGACAGACUACUUUAAGAAUCAGGAGGAUGUAUACAUAAAUAGGCAAGAAUUUAUCCAUGCUGUGAAAGAACUCAAUCCUUAUGUUGGAGAACUGGCACAAGAGGCGAUCAUCUUCCAGUAUACAGACUGGGAGAAUCCUUACGACACUAUCAAGAACAGAGACGCUAUCGAUAAAAUUGUAGGUGAUUAUCAGUUCACCUGCAGCGUGAAUGAGAUUGCACUGAGAUAUGCAGAGACAGGGAAUGAUGUGUACAUGUACUUUUUCUCUCAUCGCUCCAGCAUCCACCUGUGGCCGCGCUGGAUGGGUGUGAUGCAUGCGGACGAGAUCAAUUUCAUUUUCGGCGAACCUCUAAACCCUACUUUUGGUUAUACCAAAGCAGAAGAGCAGCUCAGCCGGAGAAUGAUGCGGUAUUGGGCAAAUUUUGCCAAAACUGGAAACCCUAGUCAAAGCCCAGAUGGAGAAUAUGAAACAGUCUAUUGGCCUGUUCACACAGCCACCAGUCGCGAAUACUUAACACUAGCGGUGAACUCCACCGAAAUUGGUCGGGCGCACAGAGCCAAAGAGUGUGCCUUUUGGCAUGAAUAUUUACCAAAGCUAAUCAGUUAUACAGAUGCUCGAAAUACUGAAUGCACCAGGAUCAGCGGAGCAAUGCAGAUAUAUGCAAAUUAUGUUUACGUGUUGGCUUUCUUGAUCAUUGUAUUCCUUCGGUUGACGUAAGUUUGAAGACAGAUGGCCGAAGCUUAGCUGAAGACUCUCGACUAAACUUAUUUGUUUGAAGAAAACGACAUUAACAAUUAAUAGAAGAGAUGAGAAUUUAUUGAAGUUCAAAUGGCGAACUGCCAUUGCGGCUGUGAUUAAACUGACGCCUGUUGACGCUGGGCCGGAUUACAUAUUCGCCGAUCUUUCUCACGCGGAGCGGAGUGAAAUAGUCCUUGAAUUAAUUCGGGAAAUGUUGCAGGAAAUGAGUGACAACUAUGUAAUGAAGCUGGAGCAGCUUACGGGACUGUUUCCUAAGUUCGACUUGAAAAUGAUUUGUGCGGUGCUGCAUUUUUAUCGCAUAAUUCGGCCCUGUGUUGACAAUGGUAAAAGAAUCAUUUCUUCUGGUGCGUCUACUUGGUUAAGGGAACUAAACUGCGGUUGGCGAUAUAUGAUAUUCGAGAACUAAGCAUUUUUAUUACUGUUAAUGUUUUCAAAGACUGAGAACUCAUCAAAUGCAGGAAAUGUAUCUUGUAAUUAAUGACAGGGUGGUUAUGUUUUAUUCUUCAGAUCCAAAUUUAGGCAGUAAAAAGGGGAGACCAAUUUAGUCAUAAUAGUUUUCAAGUCGUUAGUUGCCCUUCAAUUAAUAUUUUGAACUAAAACGAAAAAAAAUUAUUCUACUAGAUUAAAUUCCUAAGACGUCAUAUAUUUUAAACUCAAAUCUUUCCUAAUGUUGCUGCACAUGGUGAAAUUAUAUCAAGGUGCAAUUCGGGUUUAUGAAUUUAUCAAUGAAUUAAUUAAAUUCCAGUAAAGUUGAUUUUAUGCAAAUCUUAUCAUAUUUAUUGCUGUAUUUAUUCUGUUGUACAUUUUUAUUCAUUUUAUGUGAAUAGAUAUGUUAUAGAACAUUAAAUAUGUUUAGAUUUCUGUAAUACAAAGUGUGAAGCAGGAGAUGGUGCAGGUAAAGUAAUGUUAAGUCUACGCUAUGUAAGCUCAGAAACAAGCAUCAUUCUGAAACGUAAUAUAUCUCAAUAGAAAGUUAAGUAAAUGAUGAAAUCUGCAGCUAAAUUUUUCCUAAUUAUUUCUCGCUUAUACCAACAGUAAUAUGGUCCACAUUCAAUAUUUUUCUAAUCUUUUUAAACAAGGUGGCAGUAAAAUUUUAUCCAAACAUGUAUAAUAUUUCUUUCUGUAGACUUGGUAAAUAAAGCAAGUGUACGAUGUUUUGGUGCGUUCUUCUACGCUUUAAUAACCAAAAAUAUUUCUUUUUUUUUUUUUCGUCCAGAGAGCUAUUCUGUUUCUUACUUCUAUUCUCAGUUUUUUUAAGGAUAAAAAUCAAAAUUUAAAUUAUAAAAACAGCAUAGUUGUAUGUUUACAAGAUAUUGCUUAGUUUGUUUGCAAGAGAUUUUAGAAUGGUUAAGAAAUACAUUUUAAAUUUUUUUUUUAAGAGAAAUGGAAGGGAAUCUACUUUUAAUCUAAUUUUUGUUUUUCUUAAAUCUCAAAAGAUAUCAAAGAAAUUUAAUCGCUUAAUUUUCUGUUUUUCUAAAUUUACUAAAUUGUUUUGGUUGAAAACGAAAAGAAAUUCUAUUCUUUGUAGUUUAAUUUCCUUUCUUGUUUCUUUCCAUUCUCUAAAUCUCAUUUCAUUUAUAAUC